AUGAACAUCGAGGUAUGGAGAGACCUUCUAAGUAAAUGUAACUUGCUACCAGAAUACGAAGACGUGUUAAGCGGUUUUGAUCGUGGAUUUGAUCAAGGCAUUCCUGCACAUAGGAUUGAAGGACUUGAUUGGUACACGCCGGAGAAUCAUCGGUCUUCAGAGCUGGCAAAAGAGAAGAUACAAGAAUCGAUGAAAAAAGAGCUGAAAGCAGGACGUAUGUUGGGUCCUUUCUCACAUGCACAAAUGAAGUCGGCUUUCGGUUUCUUCCGUUCAAAUCCUCUAGGAGCUGUGGUGAACGGUGACGGCGAAAUAAGGCCGAUAAACGACUUAUCUUACCCAAGGAAUGAUGAAUUUGUGAAAUCGGUAAACUCUUACGUCAAGAAGGAAGAAUUUGAGACGACCUGGGAUGAUUUCAAGAUAGUAUCAAAGUUUUUGUCGGACGACAAGCGUAGAUUUGAACUAGGACUAUUCGAUUGGGAGAAAGCUUACCGACAGAUACCUACAAGAAGAGAACAGUGGCGUUACCUGUUAGUGAAAGAUUUCGACGACAAUCUGCUGGUCGACACUAGGAUUACAUUUGGUGGAGUCGCAGGGUGUGGUUCCUUUGGAAGGCCUGCAGACGCUUGGAAGCUGAUAAUGAAGAACCAAUUUAAACUAGUUAACGUCUUCCGCUGGGUGGACGAUAACCUUUUUGUUCGGGAAGAAAAUGCAACGGUAUCGAUGAAGGAAGUGGUGGAUAAGUCAGAUGAAAUGGGCGUCAAGACAAACGUUAAGAAAUACUCAGAAUUCAGUUGCGAGCAAAAAUUUAUUGGCUUUGUGUGGAAUGGUUUGGAUAAAACCGUUAGACUACCAGAAGGAAAGAUAGAACAACGAUUAACUCAGAUACACCCAUUCAUGGUACCGGGAGCUUCUUUUGAUUAUGAACAGGCGGAAGUCCUCGUAGGAAGAUUGAAUCACGUCUCAUACAUCUUACCUCACCUACGUUGCAAUUUGUGUUCGAUUUAUCGAUGGCUUAAGUCCUGGUUCUUUCGCAAAGCCAAACGACCAACUCCUGAGGACGUCUUGGUCGACUUGGCCGUUUGGGUUGAGACUCUUACGAAUUUCGAACAUACUCGGCUAAUUCGCUGGGGCCCACCCUUAGAUGUAGGCUGGGUGGGAGACGCUUCUACUUCCUUUGGGAUAGGAAUCCUGGUAGGGAAGCAUUGGGCGCAAUUCAGACUAUUAGACCCUCAGGGAGAUCCUAGACGAAUUUCCUUCUUGGAAACGGUUGCUAUUCGCCUUGGCCUCAUUAUGCUACUGAAGCUACGCAAUCAAAAAGGGAAAUCUCUUAUCGUCUGGACUGAUAACACGACAACUGAGAACGGCAUCAACAACAAGAAGACUAAGGACAAAGACGCUAACAAUGAAUGGAUGAAAAUACAGCGCAUCCUGGUCGAAGAGUCUGUUGACUUGGUGGCACGGAGGGUCAAAUCUAAAGACAAUAAAGCGGAUGCGUUGUCUAGGGGAUUGAGAUCAGGGCAGCUUGUAAAGCACCAAGUGGUGAUCAAGCUACCAGAAGACCUUGGGGGCCUACUUGAGCAAGUUGUGUUUAAAAUUUGA